GCCUACUCGAUUAACACAAGUAUUUAGCCUGCAGAUGGAAUGGAGGGCGCGAAACAUCAGAACCCCAACAAAUAUCUCAAACUUUGUUUGUUAAAUCGCUUGUGGCUUUGUUAUUUGUUCUUUCAACAAAUUCGAGGUGUGUCAUCUGCAAGAUGUAAGUCCUCGUGUCUCUUAUCUCAGGGUAAUUGGCAGGACUCCGUAUCAACGAAGGUAGACCCAGGCCUCAAUACAACUCUCAAUGGCUCGGCCAUUUCAAGAACACAACUAAUAGAAGCGGUGAAAGUUGUCUGUACCUCUCCCACGCCUGACAUUAUUCUUAAAGACAAGGAGAAGAAAAUAAAGUGCUGUUUUUCGGGACAGCCUACCCCUCAGCUGGUCCACUGGUACAGGAAUGGGGAAAAAGUCGUCAACGGAUCCAAAGGAAUUUAUGAGUAUCAGAGGAGUAGAGGAAAAUAUAUCGAAAGUACUCUUCUCCUCCCGCCUGGCCGAGGGGAACUGGAGGGAUUUUACGAAUGCAGUGCUACCAACCAGGAAUCUGACUGGUCGAGUGAUGCUUCUGAAAGAUUACAGGUUAAAUUUAAAUGUCCUACUCAAAUUCUACAUCACCCAAUCAUUUCCGCAUCGAAAUUUAAAUUUUCUACUAUUAAGCUAACUUGCCUAUAUGAGCAGAAUGAGGAUUGUCCCCAUCACAUAUUAUGGUAUCGAGAAGGAAAAGAAAAAAAGCUUUUGGAAAAAAGCGCAAAGUACCGAAUACAAGAAAAACAAGUUAAAAAUAAAUGUGAAGAAGUCUCCGUUUUGUCCAUUCUGAACGUUACUGAAAAUGACGAAGGAAAUUACAGCUGUAUUUGGACUUGCGAAUAUCACUCCAACUUAACAGCUUUCAUAGAUUUAAAACUCCCCCCUCCAGAUCCACCAAUACUGAACACGACCAUUGCAAAUAAAUCAACUAAAUUCACAGCAAAGCCGUCGUCUCACUUCCCUUCUGGAGGUACAAAGAACUGGCUUCUACCAGUCAUCAUUAUUUCAGCAGCAACUCUCACUGUGAUCAUCAUGUCGUUGGUGCGACUUUUAGUCAAGAAAAAGAGUUCGUCAACUUUUAAAUUGGGAAAAUAUGGCUUAAAGGAAGCAGCCACCCUAAAUCGACUGUUUAUCAGCUUCAGUUCAAAAGAUUUGGCGUGGACUAAUGAGAACCUCAUUUCAAUUUUUGAGAAGCACUCGAUAGCUUACAGCAUUCAUAGCCGGGACUUUGAGCUUGGAAAGCCGAUAGUCCAAAACAUGGCGGACAAUGUGUAUGGCAGCCGUCAGGUUUUGAUCGUUUUAUCCCAGAAUUACCUUGCCAGUAAUUUCUGCCGGGAGGAACUGCACAUGGCUGUCCAGAGGGGUAUAGACUCGGGAGAUUCGUCGCUAAUUCUUGUGAUGAUUAACAACUUGAAGAAAAAGCAACUACCGGCUGCUCUGAGAAAUAAAAAAAUGUUGGACUUUGACAAACAUAAGAAGAAACAAGAUUGGGAGGAGAAAAUACUGAGCGAAAUAGUCGACGGCCAAGGUCAAGCUGCCGACUCGUACACUUCUAGGUUCUAAAGAGUACUGGAUGAUUAUUCAAGACUGGAUCGAGCUAGCUGGUUCAUAGAAUACAAAUUUUUUGGUUGGCUUGACUUUUUAAAAAAUGUUUCCUUCAUGUCAAGGGAAGUCGCACUACCGACAUGAGAAAGAGGCAAUUUGGCCUUACAUCACAUAGGGGUUUCAAAUUGCGUGACAAGUCAUUUAGGACGAGUUAAGUGAAGGUGUCUGGUGGGUUCCUUGGCAGGGACUAGACACGUAUGUCAGGCCAGGGCAAUUGCAUUGGAGCUUAUGUAUUCUAAAUUUCACUCCAAAUGAUUUGAGUACUUCAUAAUGAUAGACAUUAUUUUGAGUAUUGCACUUCUACUCUUAGAUUCAACUUGCUGCAUUGCUUGGCUAUAACUGACGAGCUAUUAGCCAAUGAGUAUGCUGACAUUUGUGCAUGUAUAUUAUUAGAGAACGAAAUCACACGAUUUCGGGUGCUAUUCGGAGGAGUAAAAUAUUUUCAUAAAGGCCAAAAAAAUUGCCUGAGAUGGAAGGAAAGUCGAGUGCAGUUUGUCACGGUGUUUGAAAAAUUCAGGAAUACUGUUUGUUCUCCAUUUUGCAAGAACUGGUAAUCUCUUGUCAAAAACCUAUCGUUUACUGUACAGAUAAACCCGUGGUUAUUUUAUAAAAGCAAUAGACUGGGCUAUCCAUCGGUUUAUUGGUGUAAUAACCAGCGCAGGAUUUUGGUUGGAAUCAAGAAAGAAGGUGUUUAUCUCUUGUCUUAUGAUCGAAUGCUUACAGGUGACAAUGUAUAGAAAAGAUUGCGCCAGUUUCCAGCAGUUGUACUGAUAUUCGGUAACAGUAGGGGGAAAAUGAAGAAAAAAUCUGAAAGCGUCGCAGUAAUUUGCACGCCCAAACGAGCCAAUAUACGAGAGAUGUUCUCUAAGUUUUCAAACCGAAAUUUUUCUGCUGAGGUCUGGCUAAUAGAUAAUAUAAUCAUGAUGUAAUCCUAUUAUAAUUUUAGGCUUCCAGAACCUUCUAACACAGAAUUGUGACAGUUUCUUUGAGGAAGCGAUUUUACGUAGAUACUAGAACUUUUUGUUGUCAUUUUAAGAACUGCAGAGAACUUGCUAAUAGAUAAUGUAAUUUAUAAUGUAAUUUUAUCAAAAAGAGUUAUUUCAAAGGCUUCCACAACCUUCUAGAAUUGUGGAAGUUUCUUCUAGAAAGCUUUACUCACGCACUGUAUGAUAUGAUAUUGACGUAAUCUCAUUAAGAGAAUUAUCUCUCAGGCUUCUAGAACCUUCUAGAGUUCUAGUAAGUACUUUUAUGAACACAAGGAUAUUUUAGGCAUAGAUAUGCAGCCUUGCAAAGAUUUUUACUCGGAGAGUACCUUUUUUCCGCUCAGAUAUAUGACAAUUAAUGUUCAAGUUACAAAUAUGCCAGGACUGAUUAUCUGAAAUUGGUGCGCGUUUUGGUUUUUUUCGCGGUUGACGCCUGGAAUCGCUUGCGAAGGUAUGUUGCACAAAUGCUGUCUACACCUUGAAGACAAAUGUAUAAAACGGUUUAAUUAAACGAUUUUUCCUGAAAGUGCACGUCAUUCUGGUGGAAUGUUCGGGGGCUUUAGUGUAUACAUAUACAUAUCUUGUUCUGUCUGUUUUAACAUGGGGUCAAGGGAUAUCUCACUUGAAGACAAAUGUAUAAAAAAGUUUAAACGAUUUUCCCUGAAAGUGCACGUCAUUCUGGUGGAAUGUUCGGGGGCUUUAGUGUAUACAUAUGCAUAUCUUGUUCUGUCUGUUUUAACAUGGGGUCAAGGGAUAUCUCACUUGAAGACAAAUGUAUAAAACGGUUUAAACGAUUUUCCCUGAAAGUGCACGUCAUUCUGGUGGAAUGUUCGGGGGCUUUAGUGUAUACAUAUGCAUAUCUUGUUCUGUCUGUUUUAACAUGGGGUCAAGGGAUAUCUCACGAAACGUCCAUAAGGCUUUUUUGUUUUCGUAUUAUUAGUUUUAUCUUCUUUUCAUCUAUAUCUAGAUUAACCCCUGAAUUGUAAGUGAUAUCUGAAUAGAAAAACAAAGAACAAUUAGACAAUAAGUAGAUUGUAAAGAGUAGGAGUCGCUAUCUUGUAAUCAUAACCUUAAUAAAACCAUAUAAUUGAAUGCUGUAAACAAUACAUUUGGUUAAAUAGGAUUUUAUUUUAGGGUAUUAAUUUUCCGUUAGUUAAAUAUAAUCUUAAGAACGGGAGUGUGUUUUGGCUCCUGAAAUUUACUUUUCACUUAAA